CUGCAAAUACAAUCUAUUAAAAUGAGCAUAAAACUUUUAUUGGCUAUUUUUGCAAUUUAUAUUUCAGUGUUGGAGGUGCAUCCAAGUACAACAGGAAUUGAUUCUUCAACAACUAUAAGCACAACUACUAUCAGUAUUCCAAAAACAACAACUACUACAGCCACUACAGAAUCCUCCACUUCCACAUCUGAUUCAGUUUCAGAUUGUGUUGAUAUUAGAAGCGAAUGUCCGGGAUGGAAAGCUCAUUGCAGCAAUGAUUACGUGAUUGCAAGCUGCAAAAGGACAUGCGGGUUAUGCUUAGAUAUGUCUUGUGGAGAACCUCCUUUGCCCAGGAAAAAUUCUGAACGAAUAAUAUCAGUAGAUACAGAAAACGGACAAUUUUUCUCGGGUGAAAUUGUAAUGUACCGAUGUAAGGAUAAUUUUUACUUCAACGAAGAAAAGGACAAUGUACAAAAUAUUUCUUGUACAAAAGUCAGUUUUGGAAGUAAAUGGGAACCAAAACUAACGAGAUGUAGACCAAUCAAAUGUCCGGAGAUUGAGAAAACUGAAGGAUUAUCUUUUACUUAUAAUGAUCAAUCUCGGAAAUUUAACACAAUUGCAACAUUCUCAUGUGAACCGAAUCAUGUUCUUGAAGGCCACCACGCAUUGCAAUGCUUGAAAACUGGGAAAUGGUCGGGCCCGUAUCCUGUGUGCAAGUAUUGUGUGGAUAUUCGAAGUAAUUGUCCGGCAUGGAAAGCUCAUUGUGACAAUGAUUACGUGAUUGCAAACUGCAAAAGGACUUGCGGCCUAUGUUUAGAGGUGCAACCAAGUACAACUGAAAUUGAUUCUUCAACAACUACUAUCGGCAUGCCCACUACAACAACUCCUACAACUACUACUGCCAAUACAGAAUCCUCCACUUCCACAUCUGAAUCAAUUACAGAUUGUGUGGAUGUUCGAAGUAAUUGUCCGGUAUGGAAAGCUCAUUGUGACAAUGAUUACGUGAUUGCAAACUGCAAAAGGACAUGCGGCUUAUGUUUAGAAAACAACCAAAAAAUGGAUUUGAUGAUCAUGUUGCCUGCUUCAAUGGAACACUCCGACAGUAAUAUCAAUUCGAUGAAAUAUUGGCUGAAAAAUGUUGCACAUGGCCUCUCAACAUUUUUCGAUCUGCAAAUAUUAGUUGUUCAGUAUUUUGAAGUUUGGUAUACCGUUAACAGGAAGUGGAAUUCUGGAACCUUGAAAAUUAUGAAAGUGCCAUAUAGAACCCAAGAACAGUUUGACAUCAAAGUGGAUCAGAUGAAAUUGAAAUAUGACUCCCGUCACAUUCAUUUUGAUUUUCUGUCAUCUUCGGCUAUCGAAAAAUCAAGAAACAUCAUGUUGACUGAUAGUCGUCAUAAUGCUAUAAAAUCGAUGAUCACUUUGUUUCAGAGUUUUCCCGGUUAUCCCGGCUCACUUUACAUGCUUUCCCGGUUGCCAGACAUUUCGAAAGAAUCAGCGUGUUCCAGGCAUCUAGAUAUAAACACUUUUAUAGUUGGGAUAGGAGAAAAAAAGAGUGAUAUUCAGAAAAUGGCUUCUGGGCUUUUAUCUGAUGCCGGCGUGUUUAUGGAAACUAGCUUAAACCAACUUGAAUCAACAGUUGCUCCAUUGAUACGUGAACUUAAAAAAUUGAGUAUUCCAGUAAAUUCACUGAGUGGUUGUUCUGAUGGAAACAUCCCGCUUCUUCACGAUGGAUGUUACUGGAGUGAUUUAUUUAAAACGUUUUAUUCUACGGGUGAAGAAAUCAAUGCACACUGCAACUUAAUUUUUGACGAUUCUUACACAGAGUGUAGAAGUGACGGCAAAUGGAGUUCAUUGAAACAACGUUGCUCAGGGCCCUCCUCAAGAUCAGCAAGAUCAAUUGAUGAAGAGAUUGUAAAUAAACUCACACACAUGCAAUAAAUAAUUCACUAGAAGCAUUAGGGGGGUUUCCCACAAAGUAG